GCGUGGCCUCUCCUGGCCCCGCCCCUCGGUGUGCCCGCCAUGGCGGCCCCGCGGGCGCUGUUGGUGGCUUGGCUGCUGUCCCCGCUCCUGUCCCCGCUCCUGUCCCCGCUCCUCUCCGCUGUCCCGGCCGGCGCAGCCCCGUCCCCGGUGCCCCGCAAUGUCUCCGUGCUGCUGGAGCCGGGCUCCGAGCGGCUGCGCGUCCUCCCCGGCCGCCACCCUGGCGCUGUCGCCUGGGCCAGCCUGGAUGACCGYAUCCCCCACGUCGGCUGGGCUUUCCUGGAGGUGACCACCAACGCCUCGUACAAUGACAGCCUGCAGGCCUAYGCCGCCGGGCUGGCCGAGGCUGCGGUCACCGAGCAGCUGAUGUACAUGCACUGGAUGAACACCAUGGUGGGCUACUGUGGCCCCUUCAAGUACGAGAGCGAGUACUGCCAGAAGCUGCGGGACUACCUGGAGGCCAACCUGGCCUGGAUGGAGGAGCAGAUGGCAAAGGGGCAGGACCCCGAGUACUGGCACCAGGUGCGCCUGGCCCUGCUGCAGCUGAAGGGGCUGGAGGACAGCUACAAYCGGCGCCUGGACUUCCCCCGGGGCAGGAUCACCCUGGCACCCUUUGGCUUCCUGCUGCUGCAGCUGGGCGGUGACCUGGAGGACCUGGAGUCUGCCCUGAACCGCUCCUCCCCGCAGCGUGUCCUGGGCUCAGGGUCCUGCUCCGCCCUUGUGAAGCUGCUGCCGGGCCACCGGGACCUGCUGGUGGCCCACGACACGUGGACCUCGUACCAGGCCAUGCUGCGCGUCAUCAAGAAAUACACACUGCCCUUCCGCGCCUCGGCCGGCGGCAAAUCUGAGAUCCCCGGGAGCGUGCAGGUGUUCUCCUCCUACCCCGGCACCAUCUUCUCCGAGGAUGAUUUCUACAUCCUCAGCAGUGGCUUGGUGAGCGGGUUUGGUCUGUGGAGCUCCCACCCCGUGGAACUGCCAUCCCCAUCGCUCCCUUCCCYGCAGGUAGCGCUGGAAACCACCAUUGGCAACAACAACCCGGCCCUGUGGAAGUACCUGGAGCCCCGGGGCAGCGUCCUGGAGUGGCUGAGGAACAUCGUGGCCAACCGGCUGGCCCGCAGUGGCUCCGAGUGGGCYGCGGUCUUCAGACGCUUCAACAGCGGCACGUACAACAACCAGUGGAUGGUGGUGGACUACAAGGCCUUCACUCCGGGCAGAGCUAGCCCCACGCCRGGUCUGCUGACGGUGCUGGAGCAGAUCCCGGGCCUGGUGGUGGUGGCYGAUCAGACAGAGCUGCUGUACCAGCAGGGCUACUGGGCCAGCUACAACGUGCCGUACUACGAGGAGAUCUUCAACGCCAGCGGGAACCUGGAGCUGGUGAGGAAAUACGGGGACUGGUUCACCUACGACAAGAACCCUCGUGCCCAGAUCUUCCGCCGCAACCAGACGCUGGUGCACGACCUGGACUCCAUGAUCCGCCUGAUGCGGUCCAACAACUACCUGCAGGAUCCCCUGUCACGAUGCAGRGGCUGUGACCCUCCCCAGAACGCUGAGAACGCCAUCUCGGCCCGCUCCGACCUCAACCCUUCCAACGGCACCUACCCCUUCCCAGCCCUGCGCCAGCGCUGCCACGGCGGCAUCGACAUGAAGGUCACCUCCUCGGGCAUGGUCCCCACCUUCGGGCUGGUGGCGGUCAGUGGCCCUGCGUGGGAUGAUGUCCCCCCGUUCCGCUGGAGCACAUCCCCCUGCAGCUCCCAGCUGCACAUGGGCCACCCCGACCUCUGGACCUUCCCCCCAGUCAAGGUCCACUGGGACUGAGCGGGCGCCGGUGCCCUCUGUCUGUCCAUCCUUGGCCGUCUGUCCCCUCUGGGGGUGCAGCUGGCUGUGGGGUGUCUCAGCCCCUGCUCUUUCUGCCUCUCGGGGUCCUGGCUGUGCUGCAYGAGGGGCUGAGCCCCCGUGUCCCCUCCCUGCCACGGGGCUCUCCAGUCCCAGCACCUUUCCCUGGGUGCUGCUGCCUGGUUUGGGGGGGCUCUUCCCAGCAAAGGGGGGUGCUGGGUGUCUGGGGGCUCACCCAUGGGGCAGAGAGGAGGGCGGUGAGCUGGUUUGGCUGUGGCAAAUAAAGUGCUCUGUGUUGGUGGCUGUGCUUUGCUCUCUGCUGGGGUUCUCUGGUGCUUGUGUCAGGGUUGGGCUCACGCAGGGGUCUGGCCCCCACCCCAUUAACAGGAUGAUCCCGCUUCUCUGCUGGUGGGAGGGGGUGUGGCCAGCCCGGAGGGUUUUUUGGGGGUGCAGGCUGUGAGGGGUUCUCUGCUGGAAUGGGGGAGCCCCGCUGCUCGCCCCUCAGGAGUGGGAGACCAUCCCUCAUCUCUUUUGUCUUCCUUUCCUCUGGCACCUGUGUGCCCCCAUCCCCAAAACCCGCGGUGCAAAAUCCUCUUAGGCAGCUCCCUUGAUCCGCUCUGCCUCGUUAGGAAUAACGAGGUCAUUACUGGGGGAUUAAUGGGCUGCGGCUCGGCAGCGCUUUGAAGGCGCCAGGUUCCCACCGGGGCUGGGGGCCCCUGGGG